GUAAAACCGGAAGUUUUGAUAUCGUCUGUUUUUAUGUUGGAUUUGCAAUCUGUCAGAGGUGGCAUUGAAAACUUAAAUCCCGGUGACAGAAGUUUUAAAAAUGCAUAAAUAUGCAUGAGAUAAUUGCAUGUUGAAUUAUCUGAUUGCAAGCACAUUGUAUGAACAAUGGAUACAGGGAAGAAGAAACAGGCCAAACACUCUUUUUCAGUGCCUUCUGUAAAGUCUAACGUCGUACCAGACAAGGAGAAGAAACCAUCAUGCCUUGAUGCCAAGCAAAAGAGCUGUAAGAAAGUAGAUAAACAACCCAGAACUGCAGACAACAUCGAAUUGAAACAGAAGGAACAGAAAAAGCCGAUUCCUGUGGGGGAUGGUAAUGUCCGUGAGCCAAGGAAGGUGUAUGGCAAGUCACUAACAAAUGAGGAAUAUGAUGAUAUCUUCAUGGCAGUCUUACAGAGUGUCUCCAGAGCCGAGACCCGAGGAGAAGUUUCAGAUAACUCUGACGAUGAAGGGAACCUCAUGAAUGAAGAAUCUGACAAGGAUGAAACGAGUAGUCAGGUGAUUGAGGUGAUAGUGAAGGUAGAGGAGAUGGAGGAUCAGAAGCACUUUGUCAACAUGGAGGAUGAAGACAUUGACAAGUGGGAUAACAAAAAGGCAUUAUCCAAACAUAAGGAGAAUAAAUACAAUGUGGAAAAAACAAUGCCACCCGAGAAAAAGCUUAUGAUACCUGACUCCACAGUUAAAGAGACAACGACUGCUUUGGCAUUUUCAACAAAGUCAGCAAAACCAAAAAAAGAAAAACAGGCCACCAAACGUAAAGAUAUUUGUUCAGUUGCAGAUACAGUGUAUCCUCCAUCCACAAGUGACACAAAGAAAAGAAAAGAGACAAGUUUACUUCCAAAGAAAAUAGGAAAAGAAAUGAAGAAAGAAUCGAAAAAAACGGCAGCUCUUCCAAACAGAGAUGUUAAAGUGAAGAAAGUGAAAAGUGAAGAAAAAACCUCGCUGAAAAAGAAGAUGAGUGAGAGGGAGCUGGAGGACGUAGGCACAUGGGUGCAGUGUGUGAACAGUUACUGCUUGAAGUGGAGAUUUCUUCAGAAUAUCUCAGACCCAUUGGAGAUUCCAGACAGAUGGGAGUGCAGGAUGAAUACCGUGGAAGCUUUUAACAACUGUGAAAAGCCAGAGGAAAUGUAUGAUGAAUCAGAACACAUUUUCACCAAGUACACAGAGGGGUCUGUUGUUCUGGCUAAGAUGGAUGGAUAUCCAUGGUGGCCUGCCAUGAUAGAGAUAGACCCCGAUUAUGGCACAUUUUAUGAAGUUGAUGAGCCAACCAGCAUGUGCCCUACCAAAUACCAUGUGGUUUUCUUUGACAAGAAAGUGUCCAGAGCCUGGAUCAACAUUUCUUCCAUAAAGCCAUAUUCAGAAAUUGACAGUUUACCUAGAAAAUGCAAGGGUCAUGACUACACCAGGGAAGUUAAGAUUGCAAUAGAGAAUGCGAAUGCAGCUUUAGAACAUACACUAAAGGAUAGGUUGAAGAAGUACAGCUUUUCCUCACGUUUUUCUGGAAAAUGGGGUUAUUUUCAAAGCAAUACUGACCAGGACAACACAAAGGAAGAAAGGAGUAAGUCGAAGGUAUCAAGAUGUUCAAAAAAGAGAAAGAUUGAUCAGGAAGACAAUCUUGUUGAUGAUGAAACUUUGAAUCAAAUACUGAACAAUUCACAGUCUGUGCUGUCUGAUGUUGCUGGAAUGUUGGACUCCAUGGAAAAUGAUGACUUCAAUAAUAAUGCAGAUUCCGAUUUUCUGGUUUCAAAGCCAAAAAAAACUGUUAAGGAAAUAAAGAUUGAAGAAGAAUAUAGAGAUCUUCAAGUUUCUGAUGUCAAAUGUGGAGAUUCAGAGAGUAUGAAGGAAGCUGCCAAGUUUGAAGUUACCAAACUUGACAUGGAUAUAUUUACAAUGGAGUUAGGUUCUGUGCAACUCGAAUCACAAGACCAGCAGAAUACAGAGGUUCUAGGGGAUGACUGCUGCAGUACUGAUGCCAAUGUGGCUGUACCCGACUCUGUUACCAAUGGAAAUGUAGAUGAAACAGAGGCUCCAGAAGUGCCCGACAAAACUUCAGCAGGUAUGGAGAAGACAACUCAAAAGAAGAAAAAAGCUGAAUCUGAAAAGGAGAGGGACAAAAAACAAAACAAGCCUAACAAACAAACUAAAAAAGCUUGUAAAGAAAAUGAUGUCUGUGUGAAGGAAGAAAUUACCAAAAAGAAGAGGAAGAAGAAAAACAAGGGUGGUGAUACAGCUAAUGAGUAUCCAGAAGUAAAUCUGGAAAAGAGUAAAAACAAGACACAAAAGGUCCUAGAAAAAAAGAUAGGGGAGACUGCAGGAGAAUCUAAUAUCAGCAAGCUUGGGGAAGACAAUGAUGUUGAAGGGGAAACACUGCACAAAGUAAAAGGAAUGAAAACUGACAAGUCAGUGAAUAGUAGUGGAGAAGAUGAUGGGAAAAUAAAAAGUUUGGAUACUGGGAUGGGUGGCAAUAAUAAAGUGAAGAAAAUGAUGAAGGUGUCCAACGAUAAACAGGCGGGCAAUGUACCUGAAAUCAACACUGAAAAUAAACAAAGGCAAAAUAUGGAAAUGAAGUCCAAAAGUGGAGAAGACAAGAAAACCAAGAAAAAGAAAUCUAAAUUUAUGAAUCCAUUACAUGCUGCAAAAGAAAAAGUUUGUAAGAAUUCAAGUUCUGACAAAAGAUCUGGAGAUAAAGAAGAGAAGACACAAGAUAACAAAUGCAUGAAAGAUGUGAGCUGUGAAAAUAAAUCGUUCAAACCAUCCAGUCAAAGUAGCCAGAAACAGCAAGUUUUAAAUAAAGAAACGGAAAAGUAUGAUCAUUAUGAAAGUGAUGAUGAAAUGGAUUUAGAUUUGGACAUUCCUGUCAAACCCAGUGUUGACAAGGUUGAUAGUGAUGAUGACUUUAUGCUUGAUGUGCAGCACACACCCAUUCACAAAUCUGCAGUGGUCGCACAAGAAGAGGACUCAGAUCCUCUAGAUUUCGAAGAGUAGGAUUGUAACAGAGGGCUCCCCUUUUUACAUUGUUUAUGUUAACUUAAUUAAACAUUAAUUAGUGCUUUCACAAACACAAGUUACCCAAUACAAAGUUGGGUACCUUCAUUGGCAACAAACAUAUACUACUCAAAAGAACCUGAUCACCUGAUUCUUUCAUAUUACAAUAGUUAAUCUCUCAUGCCAUGACAGAUUAACUUUACCAAUAUGAAAGAAUCGGGUGAUCCUUAACUUCUUUUGAGUAGUAUAUAUUUGAGGGGUUUCAAGAGUAGGUCAGUUCUUGAACUAUUUAUUGUUGAAGACAAUUUACAAUUUAGAAAACAUUUACAUGUAUACUUGAAUUGAUUUCUUUUUCUUCUAAAGGGCUUGUGUUUGUACCGACUUAUCAGUAAUCACUCGAAAGUUGUGUGUUUUUGUUUUUAGCAAAGAUAUAUUUAAGAUUGCCCUUUGCGAACAUCUUAUUAAUUGUCGUAAUGUUCAUGUUAAACUGUAAUUUAAUUAAACAUGUAAAUCCUAAAAUUGCUCAAAACUUUGCUCAGAGAGUAUAUUAGUGCUCACUAGUUUUCUGAAACCAUAAGACUGGAUCAUAACAGCACACUAGUUUUGGGUAGCUGAGUGUGUGAGAUGAUACCUUGAACUUUGAUGUACGAAGUGUGAGUUGAGAUAUGUCAUAACUCACUGAAACAAUUUAUGAGAAAUCAAUUCACAAUUUGUUUUCCAUAUUACAAAAUGACUUUUGGCUGGCUGAAAUGUAUGUGGUAUGUGGUCAAUUAGUGUCAAGAGUGCAUAAACAAAAGAUUUAUUUAUUUUAGAACAGUUCUUGUAAGUUAUGAAUACAUUUUGUGUGUUGUUUUGUUGAUUGUUCCAAAAUCAGUGAUGUGUUAAACCAUGUGAUUUUAUUAUUGAUUGUAAACUUUUACUUCUUGUUAAUAUUUGUUGAUAUGAAACCGCUUUUAGUUUGAUUAGGUUGUACAAGUAAGAAAAAAACUUGCAGCACAUUGUUGAGUAGCCACAGUUGUUUUCAUUUGAGAUAUUAUUGUUGGUUUUAUAAGAAAUAAAAACAAAUUCUGUCUGUG